CGCGUCAGUCGCGCAAUCAAUUUUCGUGCCCACAUAACGUGUGUACGAAAGGUUGCCGAGCAACCGCGGCGAGUCAAAACGUAAACAUUGGAAAAUCUGUCGUUAAGUCCGGCUUCCCGAGUUUCGCAGAGCUGUAAACACGGGAAAAUGUCGUUCCGAGAUAUGAGGAAUUUUACUGAGAUGAUGCGAGUCCUCGGUUACCCGAGGCUGAUUUCUCUGACGAAUUUCCGGCUACCGAAUUUCCCCCUCGUUGCUGAAAUACUCGUCUGGCUCGUCAAGCGGUUUGAUCCCGAGGCAGAUAUUCCGAGUGAGCACAACGCUGAGCAAGAUCGCGUCGCACUUGUCCGAAGAACCGCCGAGUUUAUGGCGAUUAAGGCGAACGUCAAACUGAACACGAAGAAGCUCUACCAGGCGGAUGGAUACGCGGUGAAGGAGUUAUUGAAGAUGACGACGCUGCUUUACGACGCGCAAAAUCGUAGCACGGAGAAGGCGAUCCUGAUGGGCGACAGCGUGGAGAUAAGCGGAGCUAACUUCGACAUCUCGGACAGGAUAAGCGAGCUGAAAACUACGAGGCAACUGGCCAGUCAGCUGACCAUAAAUGGGGCGACGCUGUUCGACCUCCUGGGGCGAGAAGUCGAGCUGCGGGAGGCCAGAAACAGCAAGAUUUCGCGGCAGUUCGACACCUCGGAGAUCGAAGUGGCGAUGAAACGCGUGAUAGAGAGCAUAGGGCAGGAGAUAAGCGACACGAGGAAGCAGAUCGAGAACAUAAAGGACACCGAGCAGACUCUGGACGCCAAGAUCGAACGGCGACGAACGGAGCUUAGUCGGAACGAAAAGCGUCUCCAAACCCUGAGGAAAGUGCGCCCCGCGUUUAUGGAGGAGUUUGAGAAACUCGAGGUCGAGCUUAAGGCCCUCUACGAGGAUUACCUCCAGAAGUUUCGAUACCUCGCUUACCUCGAACACCUCCACGAAGACGCCGCCAAGGCCGAACAGGAGAGAUUCGAACGAAGGCAAGCCGCGACGAAGAAACAGCUCGAACAACUUAGAGGGGAAGACGUCACGCUGGAGGGACUUCUCGACGGAAGUGACUCGAUAUUUAAUUCGAACCAGGAAACGAUCGGCCACAAUUUAGCCGACGCCGAGAAGCAGCUUCAGGAACGAAUCGGCCAGGGGGUGCGGAUCAAGACCGGUAAGAAUUGGCCGGAAGCGACAGAGAACCAUCUGUACGAUUUCAAGUCCGAAACACUCUUGACUGAACUGGAAACCAGCAUGGGCACCGGGUCAUCCCGAGGAAACGCCCAGGCGUUACAGCGUCGCGUUUACGGGAGCAUGUCAGGGCGACAACGCGCAGGAGUUGGAACAGCGCUGGAUUUGAACGACAGCGUCGGCUCGCUGGACAGCGACAGUGAUCUCUUCAUAGACGGAGAUUUGGAAGACGACGACGACCUCCUGAACUCGGAAGGGGACCUGGAGCUGGGAGUAUUACACCCGAAAAGCAAUCAGGAAAAAAGAUCGGUCAGCAAGAUAGAUCAUUCGGACGAAGAUUUUUAAACGACGGAUGAAUUUAAACGAGAGGAUUUGUUUCGGUUGUUUCAACGAGGAUAAGAUGUUUACUCGAUACGGUUGAAAUCUGUCCGAAAAUCCGGGUGGUUUUAUAAUUGAAACUAUAGGUAGUUUUUACGGUAUUUCCCACGACACGAGGUUUAAUUGUAUUAUAAGUACUUUUUGCCCGCCGUUUCGUUUCUUCCUCAUUAAAAAAAGAUUUGAUUCGACUUGUUUUCCUCUUGUCAUGAUAUAAGUACAGUUGUUAUUCGGUGUACAGGUUGGGGAUUCCUGUCAUCACUCAACGUUAGUCAAGGCUAAAUUGGAGUUUUUCGACUCCCGGGAAAUACGCAUAACACAAACCGCGGGCAUUCUCUGGACUCGAAUCUGAUUCAUCGAUCUUAAUUAACUGAAACUCGAUUCGCAACGCCGCGGGUGAUUCGCGCUUUCCCAAUUAUAUGCGCGAUAAUGAUGACGAUAAUUCUAAGUGGACACUUCCGUUUCAGAUAUAUUUUGUAUAAGGAUAUAGGUAUAUAUAUAUAUGUAUAUACCUAUUUUUGUUUUUGUUACACGGAGAUUGAAGUUAGGAGAAAAAAGUUUCGGGACCAAUUGAUCGAGCGAUAUUUCAGAUCGAAGAUUCUGAUGUUUUUUUCUUUCCUUCAUAUCUGAG